AUGCCGGCUGCCGGAGUGUUGAGUGUCGGUGUGCUCUACACGCUGCUAACCGCACUUAUACCAAGUAAUUCUGCGGAUCUGGUGACUUUAGUACAGGAACCGGUCAAACCUGAAUCUUCACUCUUGAAACCCAAAGUAAUGAUCGCCAUUCUGGCUCGCAACGCAGCACACAGUCUUCCACACUACCUGGGCUGCAUCGAUAAACUGGACUACCCGAAGGAGCGGAUUGCUAUCUGGGCAGCCACUGACCACAGUGUGGACAAUACUACUGCUAUGCUUAGAGAAUGGCUGAAACAGGCUCAGAGACGCUAUCAUUAUGUGGAAUGGAGACCUAUGGAAGAGCCAAGGUCCUACACAGAUGAGUGGGGGCCCAAGCACUGGCCCCCGUCACGUUUUAACCAUGUAAUGAAGUUACGACAGGCUGCUCUGAAGGCAGCGAGAGAGCGCUGGGCAGAUUAUAUCCUGUUUGCUGACUGUGAUAACCUCCUGACUAAUCCUAAAAUAUUGGACUUGAUGAUGGCGGAGAACUUGACGUUGGUGGCACCCAUGUUGGAGUCACGAUCUCUUUACUCCAACUUCUGGUGUGGCAUGACCCCUCAGGGUUACUAUAAGCGUACGCCGGAUUACCAGCCCAUUCGGGAGUGGAGGAGACUGGGUUGUUUCCCUGUUCCCAUGGUGCAUUCCACCUAUUUGCUGGACCUCCGGCGCAGUGCCUCUCGAGAGCUGGCCUUUUACCCUCCUCACCCUGACUACAGCUGGGCCUUUGACGACAUCAUGGUCUUUGCCUUCUCCGCACGCCAAGCAGCUGUACAGAUGUAUAUUUGUAACAGAGAGCAUUAUGGGUUCCUACCUGUGCCACUGAAAGCACAGCAAAGUGUGGAGGAUGAAGAGGAGAGUUUCACACACACCAUCACUGAGGCACUCAUCGAUCACAGGAUUACGGCCUCUGAAUACAUGUACGCUCCCCCAAAAGCUCGGGACAAGAUGGAGUUUGAUGAGAUCUUUUUGAUCAAUCUGAAGCGUAGGCAGGACCGUAGGCAGAGGAUGUUGAGUACGUUGGAUGCUUUGGGAUUGGAGGUCACCCUGGUGGAUGCAGUGGAUGGAAAGGCUCUGAACUCAUCUCAGCUGCAGGCUCUGGGUAUCGAUAUGAUGCCAGGCUAUAAGGACCCAUACUCUGGCCGGGUUCUGACCCGUGGAGAGAUCGGCUGUUUUCUCAGUCACCACUCCACUUGGCUACAGGUGGUGGAACGGGGUCUCCAGCGCGUUCUGGUUCUGGAGGACGACGUCAGGUUUGAGCCCAGAUUUAAGAGACGGAUGAAGGCCAUUAUGGAUGAUAUAGAGAAGGCCCAGUUGGACUGGGAUCUGAUAUAUGUGGGGCGUAAGCGAAUGCAGGUGCAGCAGCCGGAGCGGGCGGUGGAGAACGUGAAUAACCUGGUGGAGGCAGACUACUCCUACUGGACUCUAGGAUAUGCCCUGUCUCUACAGGGAGCCCGAAAACUGCUCCGAGCUCAGCCGUUUGGCAAGAUGCUUCCGGUGGAUGAAUUCCUGCCGGUCAUGUUCAACAAGCACCCAAACGCGGACUACAUGGCGCAUUUUGAACCACGCGAUCUUCGUGCUUUUUCGGUGGAACCUCUGCUCCUCUACCCGACGCACUACACGGGAGAGCCCGGUUACUUUAGCGAUACGGAAACCUCCACCAUCUGGGACGAUGAGGCGGUGAGCACCGACUGGGACCGGCAGCACGCCCGCAAGACGCGACAGCAAGGCCGCAUCCAGCAGGUGGCCCAAAACACCGUCACGGGGGAGACGCCGCCCCCCGCGGCCCGGGCCUCGCGAGACGAACUCUGA